AUGUUUGUGUGCAGGUUUCGUUUUUUGCGACAAGUUUGUCCCAAAUUUUUUUUCGUUUCUGUUCUUAUAGUUGUGUGUUUUCGAGUUAUUAAUAAUGAUUUUUGGGGAUUCACCCCCGGUUUGGGUGUUUUACGAACGGUAAAAACCCUCACCCAGUGUUAUGAUCGUCCCAUGGUGUCCCAAAUCGUCCAAAAAGGCCCAUUUUGGGUGUUGACCAAUUACAUAAAGGCCUCAAAACGGUUCAAAUGUCACGAAAGUGUGACAAUAACCACGCAGGGCGACUUUACAUUCCUCGAAAAUUUGUCCACAUUGGUGGAGAGAUGGGAGGGGCCGAUUAGUAUUGCCCUCUACGCCCCUGGAACCGAUUUUGGACGUACCAUUGACUCGAUUCGCUACCUACGCCACUGUGACAGCCCCCUCAUUGCGAAAUUCGUCACGUUUCAUAUUUUUUUCGACGGGGAACACACCCCAAAACAAAUUGUCAAACCGGAAGAAGACUUCUUCGAUUGUGGUCAAAAUCCCCCAUUUCGCACCAAUUCCACUUACAAAAACUCAAAAAAUUUGCUCUACCCGAUCAACGUAGGCCGAAAUGUGGCUCGGGAAUUGGCCCAAACUCACUUCAUCCUUCCUCUGGACAUCGAACUGUUCCCCAAUCCCGGAUUCAUCCCGAAAUUCCUCUCAAUGAUAGCCCGGAAUCACCCACCACUCAACAGGCCCAACCCUCGAGUCUUCCCUUUACCAGUUUUCGAAAUCGAAUCCGGAUUAAAACUCCCAAAUAACAAAACCCAACUCCGGGAGUUGUUAACCAAAAAUUUAGCAAUUCCCUUCCACAAAGACAUUUGUUUUUCGUGUCACAACAUCCCGGAUUUACAAAAAUGGACACAAUUGAACGAAACACACAAUUUUAGCGUUUUUAGUGUCACGAAAAGGCAAAAUGAGCACCAACAUUGGGAACCAUUUUAUGUUGGUACCAAUUUUGAGCCUUGGUACGACGAGAGGUUCAGUUGGGAAGGUAAAAGUGACAAAAGGGUUCAAGGGUACGUUCUAUGCCUCCUCGAUUAUGAUUUCAUGGUACUUGAUAACGCCUUUUUGGUGCACAAACCAGGAAUAAAAAAAAUCACACGUGACAAAAAACGAUUAAAAUACGAGAAAAAAACAAACAAACUUAUCAGGGAACGAUUUUUGCCAGAAAUGAAUUUUUUGUACAACUUUAAAAACAACUGUAAAGUCUAGUGUAU